AUGAGUGACAUUGAUGUGUCAAAGAAAGAAAGCGAGAUCCUUAUUCAGACUGACACAAGGAUUACCAAGAUCGGUCGUUGUGAUCAACCCUCUCAUGACCAACUGAGGAAAAUCACCCGCGAUUCGGGUGUUCCUUGGGGCACACUCCCUACCGAUUGCGUGUUUGCACAUGACCUCGGCAAAGAAAAAAACCAGAAGAUGCCGACUCUGAGAUUCAAUAAAGCCAGAGCAGCAUCACCCACAUAUCAAUUUGACCUUCUAUUUCGCAUAACGGCUGAGGAUACCGAAAAAUUUUCAAUGGAAGAAUAUGAGAAAACAUGCAAUAAAAUUGCCAACACAUUGGUCAUAGCGAAAGUUCUCGACUCAAAGGCAAUCAUUGGUGGAUUCGCGCCUAACGGAUUGAACCGAGAAUCACUAACGCUUCACGCCCUGACCACCGAUCAAAGUUUCUUGUUUAAUUUCCAAAAUGGCGAACCGAAGACGGAAAGCUCGAUAAUCAGCAGGGCGCGAAAAGUGAGGAGCACGAGUGAUGAAUACAUACCUUACCUCUGGCUCGGACCAAGGUUUGGAGUGAAAGAUAUGGUGAUCGAUCUGAAAAAGAUGAAAUGCACAUGCCAACCUCAAUAUUAUGAUCAAGGGAUUUACAGUGGUAACAAGGAGUUUACCAUCGGCGAAUGCGAAAUAUUUCAAAUUAGUGAAUUCUAA